AAUUAAUUGCCUUCGCUGCACAACAAAGAGUACCUGCAGCUCCAAGUGGGGUGAUAUCCGAGAGCUCAGACAGAAAAUCCCCUCAAGGCAGACGGGACAACAAUGCGACGCAAUGCGCGACCGCAGCAUCACAAUCUGGAGGACGUGGAUCCCGACGACGUGGAGGACAUCUUCGCCCGUCCUGCCUACGACGACGAUGAGUUUGUCGACCUGCUGCCACUGGCCCGGAGACCCAACGGCCAUGCCAGGCUGGGGCGCUUCGAAAACACGCUGGAGGUGAAAGUCCAAGAGGGCGACACCCUGCAGGCGCUGGCCCUGCGCUUUCACUGCUCCGUGGCGGACAUCAAGCGGCUGAACAAGAUCGACCGCGAGAACGAGAUACACGCGCAUCGCGUCAUCCGAAUUCCGGUCACAGUGCACAACGUUCUGCUGGGCAACGGCGGUCCCGACGCCCUACCCGCCGUUCACAAAAGUGGCAACAACAGUCCCAGGCACAAUCUCGAGAGGGAACCAGCUCCUGAACGCAAUCCUCUGGAGGAUGCGCGCCAAAUGCUGGACGAGCGCCUUCUGGUCGCAGCGGUUAACGCUUCCGGAGCUAUUGACGAUCAGCCGUCGACGAGUAGGGCAGCCAGGCAAUUCUACGAGGGAGCACAGGGUUCCCCCAACGACGAAGCCAAUAUGGAGCAGCCGUUCGAGGAAACUGUGGGCCUACUGGUGGACAGACAUGCUCCCUUGGUGCGUCCCAUCCCAGGACCCUCGCUGAGUGCCAUCGACUGGUCCGGGUCCGACUGCGACUUGUCCUGGAUCUGCCUGCUGAUCUUCAUACUCGCCCUGUGCGUCGUCAUACCGCUGGUGUACGUCAUCUACCUGGCGGAGCAUCCGCACAAUCACAAUCACAGCGCCCAGUAGCUAGGUGGCCGGCUCCCCAUGGUUAAUGCCUACGAAGUGAUCAUCAUUCCAAAUGUACCGGCAACUCCUCAACCUCUCACUCUCUCACACUCUUCAGCUCAGUCUGUGGCGCAUUUAAAAUGCAGUUCGGACGAUGGAAUUUAUUUUUAUAUCUAAAGGUAGACUUUUAUAAACGGACUAUUGUCGAAAUAAUAAUAACUCUUUGCACUGUACUCUGUACUACUCUAAAGAACUGCGAUUCGGGUGCUUCCGCAUAGCAUAGGAAAUGUUUAAG